AUGUCAAGCAAGCAAGCAGAACGCCUAAAGGGCAAGACAGUGCUCAUCACCGGCGCCUCAUCAGGCAUUGGGAAGGCCACUGCAAUUGAGUUUGCUCGUACCCAACCCGAUGACCUGAAACUCAUCCUCACGGCGCGGCGAGAAGAUGCGCUCAAAGAGUUGGCCAAAGAAAUCGAGGGUUUCGCAAAAGGCGUCAAAGUAUUCCCUGUAAAGUUGGACGUCAGCAAACCAGAGGAAGUCGAUGCGUUCGUUGGCAAACUGCCCCAGGAAUUCAAAGACAUACACAUCCUCGUCAACAAUGCCGGCCUGGUCAAAGGUGUAGCCCAAGCACCCUCCAUCUCCCAAGCCGAUAUCAACACAAUGUUCUCCACCAACGUAACCGGCCUCAUCGGCAUGACCCAAGCCAUCCUCCCGAUAUUCCAAUCACGCUCCCCGCCCUCAGGAGACAUUAUCAACAUUGGCUCGAUUGCAGGUCGCGAACCCUACGCCUCGGGUUCCAUCUACUGCGCCACCAAAGCCGCCGUCCGCAGCUUCACCGACGCCCUGCGCAAGGAGCUCAUCGCCACCCGCAUCCGCGUCAUUGAGAUUGACCCUGGCCAGGUGGAGACGGAGUUUAGUGUGGUGCGGUUCGGAGGUGACCGCGAGAAGGCGAAGAAGGUGUAUGAGGGGGUCGAGCCGUUGACGGGCGAGGAUAUCGCCGAGGUGGUGGUUUUUGCGGCCGCAAGGAGGGAGAAUGUGGUGAUUGCUGAUACUUUGGUGUUUCCGAGUCAUCAGGCUGCUGCAGGCGUCAUGCAUAGAAAGACGACGAGUUGA